AUGCAUUGUGUUCGUGACUGUCCGUUGGCUACUAAGAUUUGGCGUGCAAUUCGGUUUGUGCUUCCAACUAGCUUCUUCGUGCCUGCUGAUUUUGGCUCUUGGAUUGCGAUGUUUCAUGGGUUUGGCCUCACGGCGUUGUUGGCUACUACGUGGGUGGUGUGGAAGCAGCGGUGCAGAUUCUAUUUCGCGGGUGAUUUGCGGGAGGUUCAUCGUGUGGUUCGUGAGGUGCAUUCGUUGUGGGAGGUGAUUAGACACACACAUCCUAGCACGACUAGUGCUCGUCAAGUCAGGCUUGUGCAAUGGCAGUUUCCAAGGGAAGGAUAUGUUGCGUUGAACACUGAUGGUAGCUCGCUGGGGAAUCUCGGUAUGUCGGGGUUUGGGGUGUGGCUCGGGACAGUAAUGAAGUUUGGUUGUUUGGCUUUGCUGGCCACAUUGGUGUGA